GAGAAUUGUUGAUUAACGGAUUGAUAAAUACAAGAGGUUAUCCUGCGUUUUGUUUUGUAUUUCGAAAUGUACUCCUCACUGACUGAUCUACAAGCAACCCUUUUACGGGACUUGGUUUUCUGUUUCUAAUUUCGUCGAGUUGGGCUUCCCAAAACGUUCUUGGGCUCUGCUGCUGUCUUGCAAGACGCCGUUUGACACUGCGGCACGGUUGUCGAAAUGCUCGAAACAAUGGCCAACGUCACCGGGGUGGCUUCUGCCACCGAUAUGCCGAUACAGGCUGUCUUUGCCGAAGUCAGCCAGCACUUUCAGCAGCUCACAAUGAUGGAGCGGCUAUGGGCUACUUGGUACACCUGGAUGCAAAAUGAUGUCUUGGCCACGGGGCUUUUGACAUUUAUCAUCCACGAAGUAGUGUAUUUCGGGAGGUCUAUUCCAUGGAUCAUCAUGGACAGCAUGCCGAUCUUCCAGAAAUACAAAAUCCAGCAGACCAAAGUCCCAACCAUCAAGGAGCAGCUUCACUGCGCGGGGCUGGUCCUCCUGAGCCACUUCACCGUCGAGCUGCCCGAGAUCUGGGUGUUCCACCCCGUGGCCAUCUACUGCGGCAUGGCGUUUGACGUGCCCUUCCCUCCGGCCUGGAAGAUUGCGCUGCACAUCGCCGUCUUCUUCGUGCUCGAGGACGCGUGGCACUACUGGACGCACCGGCUGAUGCACUACCCGCCGCUGUACCGAUCGAUCCACAAGCUGCACCACACGUACACGGCGCCCUUUGGGCUGACGGCCGAGUACGCAUCCCCGAUCGAGGUGCUGGUGCUGGGGCUGGGCACCGCGGGGACGCCGCUGCUGUGGGUGUACCUGACGGGCGACCUGCACCUCUUCACGAUGCAGGCGUGGAUCGUGCUGAGGCUGCUGCAGGCGGUGGAUGCGCACAGCGGCUACGAGUUCCCCUGGAGCCUGCACCACAUCCUGCCGUUCUGGGCCGGCGCGCAGCACCACGACAUCCACCACGAGCAGUUUGUCGGCAACUACGCCUCGUCGUUUAGGUGGUGGGAUUACUUUAUGGACACCGAGGCCGGCGCUGAGGCCAACGCCAAGCGGAGGGAGAGGAAGAUGGCGGCGCUGAAGAAGACGCUGUGAAAUGGUGGUGGAAAGGACGUGGGGAUGUGUUGGUGGGUUCGUAUGAUGGAAUUUGGAAGGACUUUAGAUCAUUGCAUAGACAUCUAGUCACAUUAAUAUUCUCUUAUGUUGAUUUUAUUUUAGUCACUGCGGACUUGACAUCGCUGCUAAAUCUAACAAGGAGAUGAGAACUUUAUAAUUCCAUCACCAGCUGUUCGAACCGCACUUGCUCAUGACCAUCCAGUCAC